UGUUUUAUUCUUCUCUCAUUUUCCAUGCGCAGGAAGGCAACUUGGACUUUUAUCAGGCUAUGUGCCCGCAGCAGCAACCAUUAAGCUUUCCUCUGCUGUUCAUUUGAAGGAGAGAGAGAGAGAGAGAGUGAGAGAGAGAGAGAUGGGGGUGAAGUCAUCGUUGGUGGGAGUAGCACCAUUUGCAGCCAUGGUGGCGGUUGGGUUCCUGGAUGUGGGCAUGACUACGCUCAGCAAAGCAGCCAUGUCCAGAGGAAUGAGCCACUUUGUGUUUGUUGUCUAUUCUAACGCUCUUGCCACUCUCAUCCUCCUCCCUUCCUCUUUCAUCUUUCUAAGGCCGCCUCCCCCCACCUUCUCUCUCCUCUGUAAAUUCUUCCUCCUCAGCCUUGUUGGGAUUACUAUAAUGCAGAACUGUGUUUUCACUGGUGUUAGCUACAGUUCUCCCACCCUAGGAUCCGCUAUCGGCAACUUGGUUCCAGCUUUCACUUUCUUGCUAGUUGUUAUUUUCAGGAUAGAGAAGUUAGAUUUGAAAAGCUCAAGAUGCCAGAUCAAAAUUCUGGGCACCCUGGUGUUGAUCUCAGGGGCAAUGAUUAUAACGCUUUACAAGGGCCCUCCAGUUUUUGCACUGGCAAUAAGAUCUCCAUCAACCUCAUCUAAUAACCCGCCCACCCGACAGCCAUCUUCCUCCAAUGUGUUGGGAACUGCAAAUAAUUGGGUUGUUGGAGGCCUUUUCUUUGCAACUGCCAGUUUAUGUCUUUCAAUAUGGAACGCGUUUCAGGCAUCAAUUCUCAAAGUGUACACAUCAGAGGUGACCAUAGUUGGGUUCUUUUGUUUGUUUGGGACCAUUCAAUCUGCAGCACUUUCUUUAAUUGCAGAGAGAAACCUGAAUUCUUGGAAACUAAGGCCUGAUGUUGAGCUCAUCUCUGUCUUGUACUCUGGUGUUUUUGGAAGUGUGACAUCAUUUUGUGUACAAACAUGGUGUAUACAUAAGAAGGGACCUGUGUUUGUGGCAAUGUUCCAGCCCUUGGGAGUUGCUAUAGCUGCCUUAAUGGGUGUCAUUUUCCUUGGUGACACACUCUACAUUGGAAGUGUUAUUGGAACAAUUAUAAUCUCUGCUGGCUUUUAUGGAGUUACAUGGGCUCAAGCUGAAGAAGAGGAAAAGGGUGAGUUCAAGGAAGAUCAGCUGUUUUUGUCCUCGCAGAAGACCCCUCUGUUGCAUAGCCAGGAGGAGGAGAUUCAGAAGGCAGUGUAGACUCUUGUACCCAUAUAAUGUGAAUCAUCAUCACACUGUUACCAAAACCUGUACAAAAUUUAUUUAUGUGCCCAGGAAGGCCUGCAAUAGAUCUCUGUUGCAGACAAAAAUGGCCAAUUCCCGUUUUUGCCAGAUUGCCAGUGGUACUAGGGGAAAAGAAACCAUGUAGACCUUAUUCACUGCCUGCACCCCUAUUUUGAUGUGUAUGAUAAAGAGUAUUAAUGCCAUGUUCACAAGCCUUCUUCACUGCCUGCAA